UGUGCAAUGGAAAACAAACGGGAGAGGAGAGGAAGCGAGCAACAGCAGGCACUUGCUGGCUCACGUCUCCUUCGGGGAUAUUUAAAAACAUAUAUUUUGUAGCAAAUUACAGUCAUAUGUAUGAACAUUUUUUCCCUAUUUUCAUACUCUGGUUUUGACUUUUUUUUUAAAUCAACCUGGCAAAGGAUUGGUGGUAGCUUGCUAGCUCGUCAACAUUGAAAACACCAUUUGUCCUCUUACAAAACCCCGAAUAAGAAGCUAAACGACGUUUGUUAAAAUAUACAUAUAUAUUUUAUUUAUUGUACAGGUAACGAAGCACUUCCGCGUGUUUUAUAUCGUCUAAUUGCUGCUGUCAAUGUUAAACGCGAUAGCUAGCGAUAAAGUGAACGACAGCCAGGCUCAGGAGAGAAUGACGGCUGUUCAGCUAAUGAAUAUCCAGCGACUAUUGGAAGCCGCGGAAUAUCUGGAAAGGAGAGAAAGAGAGUGUGAGCACGGAUAUGCUUCGACGUUUCCUUCAAAUCAGGACACAAACUACCAGAGGCAAAGGAAAUUCCGAAAUAAGAAAUUCAGCAGUAACCAUAACAGGUCCACACACAACGAGUUGGAGAAGAAUAGACGGGCUCACCUGCGGCUGUGUCUGGAGCGCUUGAAGGCCCUCAUCCCGCUGGGACCGGACUGCAGCCGCCAUACCACCCUGGGCCUCCUCAACAAAGCCAAAGCACAUAUUAAGAAACUUGAAGAAGCAGACAGGAAAAGCCAGUACCAGCUGGAGUCUCUGGAGCGUGAGCAGAGGCACCUCCAGCGCCAGCUGGAGCUGCUGAGAGGCGGCGGAGGUGUGGUCGUGGAGGGCGAGAGGAUACGCAUGGACAGCGUGGGCUCCACUCUCGGCUCCGAGCGCUCCGACUCCGACCAAGAAGAGAUCGAGGUGGACGUGGAGAGCACAGAGUUCUCCCACGGAGAGCUGGACAGCCUGAGCACGGCAAGCACCAGCGACCUGGACGACCACAGCAGCCUGCAGAGCAUGGCCAGCGACGAGGGAUACUCCUCCUGCAGUGUCAAACUUGCCUUCUCCUCCUAGAAGCGACCCACCAACACCUUCCUCCUCCUCCUCCUGCUUCCCUUCCAUCUGGUGUAUCCGUGCACCCAUCCAGCCAUGCCCACAGGCAUCUGUUCACCUGCUUACAGCGUUCCCAUCACCAUGCAGCUGGAGACCCUGUUCGAGUUUCAUCUAAUAUCUAGGACAGAGGCUUUCAAACUUGUUGGGUCCGGGGACCACCUACAGGGGAGACCUCAUAAUCCUUAUGACAACUAAACUUAUUGUAACUACCAUGUCUACACCAAAUGCCAUAGGAAUUAUUUUCUAAACAUUUUAACCUAAAUACAGUGUUUCUCCCCCAUAGUGAAAAGUAAUUGACGAACCCUUUCAAAUUAGUUAUAAUAGCUAACAAAUGCUACAAGAAGGCGAACGCACUACCUUUAUCUAAAUGAAGCUCCUCAGCUCACUUAGCAUCAAGAUGCCGCAAGAUGGCGCCAAAACAAUACUUUUAUUGCUCUGGCUUGAGCACAAAAACAGCCAAAAGGUGAGUUUUUCAGCAAAUAAUCGAGAAUAGGUCCCCCCUCCCAAAAAAAAAAAAAUAAAAAAUAAAAAAAAAAACAGUGAAUGACAAAUAUGCGGGAGAACACUGUAUUCAUAUGUUCUCAAUGUAGCCGGUUUGGGUUUAGAGCCAUUUGACAUAGUGAAAUCUUUAUCAAUCGCCGGUAUCUAGAAAUGCUGUGCGCCAAGGAGUAAAGUGACUCCUGAAAUGCAGGACGACAGAUUUACGUGAUGCAUCACAGUCAUAUCGGAGCUUUUAUUUGGGCCAACGCUAAAGUAGGAGGGAGUAAUUGGAUAGUAUGUGUGUUCUAUUGGGAAGCCGGUCCCUUUAUGAACUUUAAAAAACAAAAAAGGAAAUGAUUUUUAAAUGACACGACAUCAUAAUUUAAUGCAAAUUAUUUUGCGGCUCACGGACCCCAGUUUGAGGACCCCUGAUAUUAAAAAAAAACAUGCAAUUUGGUGGCAAAAUACUCCCGAUAUUUAAAACCCACACAUACAACCGCAAAUGUGACCCAAAAUGCACUUAAACUCUAUUUGAUAUUUAAGUCGCUCUAAGCUGAUGGGUGCUUCAGCGUUGGGCCAGGCCAAUGGAAAGCACACGGCGCGGUGACAUCACCCGAUGCCGCCAAAGACGCCAACUCUUGUCUCAUCUUAUCUUGGACACUUGAAUCGGUGCUAUUGCGCAACUCCUCCAUCAGCUUCGAAAGCAAAAGCGUCUGCUUUCACACGCUAGCACGGACCAAGACGACAACGACACAAAAGUCAUUCCUGUUGAAUGUGGGUGCUCGGCGUGCUCUCACACGCUCUCUUUCCCUCUCGACAAGCGACGAGCUAUCCUGCACUUAAAUACUUUCCAGCUGACGCGGCACAAACAGCAACAAGAAACUUUGGGAAUAGACGUCCACCUUCACUCCAGCAGUAACAAGCAAUAAAUCUUCAUCUUAUCUCCCUUUGUGACCGUCCAAAAAGAAGAAAAGUCAUGUUUUAUUUUUUUUCUUUGUACAUACAAAUAGCUUAAUAAAUUAAUGUGAAAGAUGAAAAAAAAAAAGGUAGAGCUCAUGGAUAGAACUUCUCCUCUGUUGCUGAAUUGUGUUUAUUGUGCAUUUGAUAGUCCAUAUUUGGAAGCGCGGUGGGUGUAGCUUGGACAAUGUUACUUUUUGCUGGUUGACAUCCUACAAGUUAUUUAUUGUGUUGCUGUCUUGUGCUGCGCUAGGUUAUGGGAUGGAGGCUGCAGAGUUUAAAUUAUUAUACGUGAUAUACUCGUGGCGUGUGUGUGUGUGCGUGUGUGGUGUGUGUAUGGCAUUCUACUGGUGGUCAGGUGAUCCCAAGUUUCGGGGUAAAGAAAACGGGUUGUCAAAUUUAGCCAUCCCAACUCCACUGGCAUUAAGAAUUGCACUUCGCCCACUGUUUUUUUUUCUUUUCCGCCCUUUUGAUUUUUCACCUAAUUUUGAAUAUUUAUUUCUCCAUCCCUCCAAGAACAGACUUAAUGAGGGAAAAGUAACUUAUUGUUGUCCUGUUUUACUUUGACUUCACUUUCAAUUCCUCAUUCCUUAUUUUAAGAAUUAUGUGUUUUAUGUUUUAUUGGUCUUUUGGGGGAAUUGGGGUAUAACAUAAUGUAGCCAUUUUCUUUUGCUUUUGAAGUUUAUUCAAUGGACACUUGAAAUGUAAACGGCCCCAAAGCUGCUCCUAGUUGCUGAGCCUGUUUCGAGUCACCUGUCUUGUUUGGAGGUUGACCCCCACCCUGCAGCCCCACACUACAUACCGUAAUUUAUCGCGUAUAAUGCGCACCCAUGUAUAAUACACACACCCACAACACUCAAAAUUCUGGAAAACCCUUCUACCUAUGUAUAAUGCAUUUUUACUAUGCAUGAUUUUGCUUCUACCCAUAUGAUCAAAACCUGAAGUAUUAUCUGUAUUUUGUUAGUUUUUUCAAAUAAUUAUUCUGAAGUUAAGCACUUGAUUUGAACACUUAAUCCUUUUUUUAAUUUACUUGCUCUUAUUUUGAAAUUCACAGCCCUACUUUUAUUUAAUAAAUAAAAAGCACACAGUUGUGCUCAUGUUUAAUUACCCAGGCAGAAUUUGUAAGAUGGGUACAAUUCUUUAAAUAAAACAUGAAGGACCAGGCGAAACACAUUUAAUUUUAUUUUAAUGGGAUUCAAAUUAAACGGUCAAGAAUUUCAGAAAAGCAUUAUCGUUAAACAAAACGUAACCAUAAAGAAAUUAAUGAUGGGUGUUGUUCAAUCAUCAGUCAUAUUUAAAAAAUAAAUAAGUUAAAAAAGAUGAUUUCACAAAUUCUGCCAGGCUAUGUAAACUUAUGAGCACAACUGUACAUAUAUGCAGUCAUACAUACCCCUGUCAUAUUGGAAUGAAAGUGUAGGCUACACUUUUUUUAUAACCACUCGGUGGCGGUAGCAUUUUGGAAUGAAAGUGUCCAUCUUUUUCAUAACCACUAGAUGGCGGCAUACAUUUAUAAAAUGUGACUUUUUUUUUUCCAUUUGCCCCUAUAACUAUGUAUAAUGUGCACUAUUGACUUUUGACAGUUUUUGGGGGGGAAAUACAGUGCGCAUUAUACACGAGAAAUUACGGUACUCACAUCCACGUUAUACAACUGGACUGGCUUCCCUCCAAAUCCAGCCUGCCAAUCCAGUGGAGAAUAUUGUGUGUGUGUUUGUGAGGAGGUAAAGCUGAGGGAGGCGGGUCAUCGCCACAGGCAUAUGUUGAGCCAGCUUCUACCCAAACUGGGGUCUUCAUAAUGCCACUUUCCUCUUACAAGAGGAUUGUAUUAUUGACUAGGCUUGUCUUUUUAGUUGAUAACACGUGUCUUACACUUACUGCACCUCCAUAAAGGGAUUCAACAGAAAAAAACAAGUAGAGUUUGAGCUUGUUGGACUUGUUGGCACUUAAUCAGAGUGACCACUGGUGUUGGAUCCGACUCACAAAAAUGCCAAAACCACGUCAGAACACCUCAGUGUCCUCGCUCUCUCUUUCUAUCUCGCUUUCUUUCGGUGUCUGUCUGAAGGACAGUUUAGAUUAAUUCUGGCCCUCUGUGACUUUUUAGCCAUCUCUGUUUCCAUGUCCUCCUCACGUUGCUUUGACAAACCUGUGCUGUCACAUCUUGUAAGUUGACUGUCUGAAAGUUCAAGGUGUGUCAGAACGUUUUCAGGACUGGUGUCACAAAAGUUGCCUUUCCCUUUCAAUGUGGAUCAGUUUAUCAACCAGCACAUCUACAAAGACAUCCUCCGGUGUUUGCGGCGUCCAGUUCCCCAAAAGAGGCGAGAGUUGCGGCAGGAUAACUCGACAAUGCGCCCACUCACGAUGGCCUGAGCAUCCGAUAGUUCCUGGCUGAGAUGAACAUCACCUUGCUGAAGUAACCCCCCAACUCACAUGACCUGGCUCUGAGUGAUUUUGUAUUCGUUUCCCCUUCCCAAGCUCAAGGAGGUCAUCAAGGCUACCGGUUACGAAGAGGGCUGUGACGAAAGCUGCAGAGGAUGCCAAAAGAAUCCUUUCAGAAAGAAGUACAUGAAGGCAGGGAAAGUGUUUUGGACUCCAGGGGGAUUACGACGAAAGAGAGAGAUUUUAGAUUGGAUUUGAAAUUACGUAUUUUGUGACAUUCGUCCUGGAACCUUUCUGACAGACCUUGUAUAUUUUUUACAUCUGUGCUGAGAGUUUGAGAGUUUGGUUCCAAACAAGCAACUUUGAGUGUGAGGUAACUUUGCAGUUGGGCUCUGCUGUGCUUUUAAUAUUCUAGGCAGCCCCAAAGAAAGUGGAUGUUGCAGUGUUUUUUGCUUUUGUUUUGGGAAACCACAAUCCAUUCCAGUGUCGGUGAGGAAAACGGGUCCAUGAGGUGAAGUUAAGGCAACGAAACGAGUCCCUUGUGGGGAGUCGUCGUGUUCUGAACCUGUGACCAUCCUUUGUAAAACAUGCACUCUGAUGAACGUGUUUUUCUUGCAAAGUUGGAAAUGCAAUACUUAGAAUAAAAACAAGAUUUUCAAACCUGAA